ACGGGGUGUAGAAAUGACUUAACUGCUGUCUUAUUAAAGCCAGUGACCAAUCAGGAGCGCUUGUGCCGUGCUCGUAAUGGCAACAUCUCUCAGAUGAUGACAACUAAUUGUGUCUUGGUCAUUUAGGGUUUGGAGCUGAUUUGAUGUUGAAUUGAUUAGGCUUAAUUCCCUGUCAGAUGAUGAAUGUUUUGAAUAACGUACACUGUUACCCGAGUUGUUUUAACAAACAACGACCCCUGGCUAAUUCGGACUCAGUGUCACAAAGGCUAACAACGCAACCACACUAAGGGACGGCUCUGCCGAAAUUUCCGUCGCCGAGUAAAAUGGACAACACGAACCCAAACAACAAUCGUUGCCUUCAGGGUGGAAUAAGAAGUUGUGGGGGAUGCGGAGAAAAAAUUUUGGAUCGAUUUCUUUUGCUCGCCUUGGAUCAGUACUGGCAUGUAAACUGCCUGAAAUGUUCGUGCUGCAACGUGAGUUUGGGAGAUGUGGGAUCGUCUUGUUAUGCCAAAGGCGGAAUGAUCUUGUGUAAAAACGACUACGUAAAGUUGUAUGGCUCAAGCGGAGCAUGCGCCGUGUGCGCUAAGUUGAUUCCCGCCACCGAGUUUGUAAUGAAGGUUUUGGGAAAAGUUUACCACAUCGACUGCUUUAAUUGCACAACUUGUCAUAACCCACUAGUGGCCGGUGACCGGUUUCACGUUGUCAACGGGAGGCUGUUCUGUGAGAAUGACGACCCGAGACUACUAAAACAACAACUCCACGCACCAAAACAAACGGUAUGUUAAUGGAAAGCGAGGGAUUCGCAUGUGAUUAGCUUCAAAAAAUGACAAAAUUAGAAGGUUUUUGUCUGGGCCUGGACGAGGGAUAGACGAGUCCUGUACCCGUGAUAACUUUGAAGCCUCUAAUGGAAAAUUGAAAGUUCCCCCAGGCAGACACCCCAAAAGGGUCAUUUGAACACUACAAUAUAAAUGAAUCCUCCACGGUGGCUAAUUAGUGUAGUUUAUUUAGCUUUGGAUGUCGAAAUGGAAGUAGCAAAGCCAUUGCUGAACGAAAGGAUUAUUUCGUCUAAGUGGCCUUGGAAUAACAUGUGUUAAAUUUUGAAAGAAUGAAAAUUCAUUUGAAAAUGUUGUAGUUUAGCUCGGAAUCAUACAGCUUUGCAAAGAUAAACUGAAAGUAGAUUUGCAACGCAUCAGUUACGGAGACAAGGGUACGAACUAGAGGAGGAAAAAAUGAAAAAAAUUGCAAUCGUUCUUGAGAAUUUAUAUUUGGAAAGAAAAGAGGAAUCAUACCUAGAUAUUCUGAUUUCUAAUUUAAACAAAUUUAGUAUUGUACGUAGAAUAUAUUACUAAUGCUUGAACAAGAAAAAUAAUAAACAUUGUGAAAAUGCAUGGCCACAUACAAGUGUAGAUAAAUGGUAAAAUGUGUAAAGUUCUUUAAAUAAAAUUGUAACUCUAAAACCAUA